UAAAAAAGAGAGGAUCUUCCUUCUCUUUGUUCCAUCAAUGGAGUCCAACUUUACUUUACAAAAAUACCCUUUUCAAACAACCUUACCUUAUGACCAUUCCUGUGAUUUCCAAAAAUACCCAUCUCAAAAAACACUUCAUUUUUCAACAAAAACUGCAUCUUUAGACCAAUGCAACAACAAAAAGAAACAAAUAUGGAACAAAAACACACACUAUUUCACCUUAAUAGUACACCUACUAAUUUUCACUUUCCCUUUUGUUGUUUCAUCACAAUCGUGGGAUGGAAUCAUAGUCACAGAAUCAAACCUUGAAGCACUAGAAUCUUUAAAACAAGAACUCAUUGACCCAAAUGGUUUCUUGAAAAGCUGGAAUGAUAGUGGCUAUGGUGCUUGUUCUGGUGGUUGGGAAGGCAUCAAGUGUGCUCAUGGUCAAGUUAUUGUCAUACAGCUACCAUGGAGAGGUUUAGGUGGUCAACUCACUUCAAAAAUUGGUCAGUUUCAAGCACUUAGAAAACUUAGUCUUCAUGAUAAUGCCAUAGGUGGUUCAAUACCAAAAGAGUUGGGUUUCUUGCCAAAUCUUAGAGGGAUUCAGUUAUACAACAACAAAUUUACAGGUUCAAUCCCACCUACAUUGGGUUCAUGCACAUUGCUUCAAAAUCUUGACUUUAGUAAUAAUUCUUUGAUGGGUCAAAUUCCUGAUUCCUUUGAGAACUGCAGUAUGCUUUUUAAUGUCAAUUUGAGUUUCAAUUCAUUGUCAAAUUCCAUUCCUUUGUCACUUACACAAUCCAAAUCUCUUAUGUUUUUGUCACUUCAAUACAACAACUUUUCAGGGGUGAUUCCUGAUUCCUGGGGUGGUGAGGGAAAUGGUAGUAAAUCAGUGGUCAAAUCUUUGACCUUUGACCAUAAUUUCUUCACUGGAAAGAUUCCUGUCUCUUUAAGCAAAUUGACUGAACUUGAACAUAUUUCAUUUAGCCAUAACAAACUUAAUGAGAAAAUCCCAAAUGAACUUGGGAAGCUUGUUAAUUUAAGAAGCUUGGAUCUUUCUUAUAACUCAAUUAAUGGCAGCAUACCUUUUGACUUUUCUAGUUUGACUUCACUCACUUCAUUGAACUUAGCUCAUAACAAUAUCACUGGUCAAAUUCCUAUUUUCUUAGGUAGUCAAAUAAAUGUUGCAUUCUUGAAUGUGUCAUACAACAAUCUUUCUGGUCAAGUCCCAAUGCAACUUUCUAAAAAAUUUGAUCCAAGUGCUUUUGUUGGUAAUCUUGAUCUUUGUGGCUAUAGCCCUUCAACCAUGUGUCCGACAUCUCCAGCGGAAAGCCGCCGCCACCGGAACGGUAACACCAGAGAGAAGUAUCUCAUUGUUGGUGUAGCUUUAAUAGCAGCUUUGCUGUUACUUUGCAUUGUAUUUUUGUGUUGCUUGUUAAAGAAAAGAAACACAAUGAAACAAAAGGAUAGUGAAAAGGGUGUUGUAGGCACUAAAAAGGGGGUUGCGGCUAGCAAGAAUACGGAUGAGGCGGUGGCGGGAGACGGUGGUGGGAAACUAGUGCAUUUUGAAGGUGGAAUGGAGUUCACAGCUGAUGAUCUUUUGUGUGCAACAGCAGAGAUAAUGGGAAAAAGUACUUAUGGAACUGUUUACAAGGCUACAUUAGUGGAAGGGAAUCAAGUGGCUGUGAAGAGAUUAAGAGAAAGAAUUACAAAGAGUCCAAAGGAUUUUCAAAAUGAAGUUAAUUCAAUUGGGAAAAUUAGGCAUCAAAAUUUAUUGGCAAUGAGGGCUUAUUACAUGGGUCCGAAAGGGGAGAAGCUACUUGUUUUUGAUUAUAUGCCUAAAGGAAGCCUUGCUUCAUUCCUCCAUGCCCGAGGACCCAAUACACCGGUUGAUUGGCCAACACGAAUGGGAAUAGCGAAAGGAAUGACAAGAGGCUUACUCAACCUCCACACAGUUCAAAACAUUAUCCAUGGAAACCUAACAUCAAACAAUGUUCUUCUUGAUGACGAUCUAAACCCAAAGAUUGCAGAUUUUGGGUUGUCACGGCUAAUGACGACAGCUGCAAACUCGAACGUGAUUGCAACUGCUGGUGCACUUGGGUAUCGGGCACCUGAGCUUUCCAAGCUGAAAAAAGCCACCACCAAGACAGAUAUAUACAGUCUUGGUGUCAUUAUGUUGGAACUUCUAACUGGAAAAUCACCAGGAGAGGCAGAGGAUGGUGUUGAUUUACCACAAUGGGUGGCUUCGAUAGUGAAGGAAGAGUGGACUAAUGAAGUUUUUGAUUUGGAACUGAUGAAAGAUGCUUCUGCCAUUGGUGAUGAAUUGUUGAAUACGCUGAAAUUGGCUUUGCAUUGUGUUGAUCCAUCCCCGUCUGCUCGUCCAGAGGCUCAAUUAGUUCUUCAGCAGCUGGAACAGAUUAGACCAGACACCCCCACAAGUUCUGGUGAUGAUGGUGGUGGCGCUGGCCCAUCAAUGGGGUGAAUUUUCUAAGUAGUAGUUUAUGGACCAUUCAUUCAUUCUUGAGUUUUUGGGGGGUUUUGUUGUAAAUACAAGUUUAUCAACUUGAUUCAGUUUUUUAAAGCAGAAAGUUCUUUUUGGUAGUAUUUGACUAUUUGUCUAGGGUACUUGUGGAACUCAAUAAUCCUAUUAAGAGUAUGUUUGGUAAA